AAAAAAAGGCUCUUCUCGUACGGAGGACAUCAGGCACACUUCCAGGGGCUGUGGCCAGUAAGCGUCGCCGUAUGGCUCCUUUGCUCUGCCUCGAUGCUUUGUUGGCGCCGUGGGAAGCGUCGUUGCUCAAGGGCUGCAUAUUAGCCUUCCAAACCCUUUAUCUACCCUGCCCUCUCCCACUCCUCGUCCGUCUCUCUUCUUUCUUCCUUCUCUCUCUCCUUCGCUCCCUCUCUUGUUCAUUACCAACAUUCUCUCGUACCAAGCCAUUCUCUCUCUCUUUUCCAGAGCAGCUUGAUUCUUGCGACACAGCAUUCCUUUUGGUGUCCUUGACUCUCGUCCGUCUCUACUCACUCUCUCGCCCUCUCAACUCUUUGCCUGGUGCAUUGUGUUCAUUUAUUUGGAAUCGCUUGGUCCGAUUCUCAACCGUCUUUCUGAACAUACAAACCAUCCGUUGCAGCUCACUCUUUGGCUGUCUGUCCCUCGUCGAACGAGAAAUAUCACAUACAUAUCAGAUCUAUAAAAAGAACCGCCGUCGAAAUGGCUCCCCAGUUCCUCAAGGCCCUCACUGUCGCCACGGCUCUCGGCGCUACUCUUGCAAGCGCUCUUCCGGUCCAGCCGAAACCCACCGUCUGGCACACUACCACCGAGGUCGUUGUCAAGACCAUCACCAAGACCGCGACUGUCCACGGCACUCCAGGACCUGAUUACACUGUCCCGCCAGCCUACACCACGCCAGCUGCCCCGACUGUCCCAACCGACGCUCCACAGCAGCCCUCGUACACGCCAGUUCCUUCGCCUCCAGCAUCCUCUCCCAGCAGCUCUUACAGUGCCCCUGCUGAGCCUUCGUCCUCCUCCGUCCCCGCUCCUCCACCACCGCCACCAACCACCACGUCUGCUCCUGCUCCGGAGCCAACGACCUCCACCACUCCACCACCACCUCCUCCUCCAGCUACCAAGCCACCAGUCGUCAACAUCCCACCAAUUGGCGGCGGAGGCAGCACCUACACCGGCCCAUGUGCUGCCGGCUCUCCCUGCACCGGUGAAAUCACCUUCUACGACGGUGGUCUCGGUUCUUGCGGUACCAACAUUGACACCAACGGCGAGGAUGCCAUUGCUCUCCCCAUAGAUCUCAUGGGUCCUCUCAGCAACAACAACCCCUACUGUGGAAAGCAGGUCCAGAUCUCCUACAAGGGCAAGACCGCUACUGCUACUGUCAAGGACAAGUGUGCUGGCUGUACCGGAAACAACAUCGAUAUGACCCGCUUCCUCUUCUACAAGUUCGGUGUCGAGGCUGAUGGCCGUAUCCACGGCGUCGAAUGGCACUUCAUCUAGGCUAUAUCCUAUCCGUCGUAGGGGCUGAUAUAGUGUAUGUGCUUGCCUUUUGCAGUUUCUUGUACAUCUAGCAGUUUGUUUGCUCUCUCCCCAUGAAACCAGACGUCUUCAAAUUCUUUUGUCUUCGCCUUUUUUCAUGGGAGAAAGUUAUGGGGAUAGCAUAGCAUUCUUUUUCUUUUUGCGCUGUUUCUCAUGGGACGGGAUGGGGUUAUCGGGGAAUUCUGGCUUGGAGAUACUUCAUCAUUCGCUUCUUUUCGUUCCUGGUUUGUCUCUUAUCUCAAGGACAUUCGCAGGCCCUCUUUUUUUCACUUCUAUACCAUCCUGUCUACGACUUUUUACCUUUCGUCCAGCCGAUUGCAGCAAUGCUGCAUGAUUUACAUUGACCACUUCGACCUUUUUUCCCCCUCUUUGCACAAAAUGUUUUCUGUUCCUGUUUAUGGAACCCAGAUAGAAUGGAUUACGACAAACACGAAAUCUACUUUAUGACUUUUCUUCAUUUUUUUUUUUCCCAAUUGUCUUCUUCCCUUUGCCGAGUCAAGUCAUCCAGCUGAUCCAUUCCGUCUGUUGCUCCCUGUUACCUUCGUUCGUGUGGAAUAGAACUUGCUCCUACUUUCCUGUGUCUUACCGUCAUCCUAUCAUCGCCACUCGUUCAUGCUGCCUUUGCUCUGUAAUUUGACCGCCAGUUUCACCAACGGGCUAUUGAGUAGUUAAGGAGUUUCCCGUGUGUAAACAUGAUAUCAACAACAACAACAACAACUGCCGGCACCAGCUGUAGCAUUACACGAGCAGCCCAAGACAGGGAUAGAUCUAUGAAUAUCGUUGUCAGAGACUCGCUGUCUCGGAGGAUUAUUACCUAUCGCAUCCAGAGCACCCCUACUCCCUGACAACGGCGUCCAUGGCUUGCAUGCAGCAAAUAAUAAUACAUACUGACAUAGCUCCAGGUUAACUUCUUGCUCGACAUCCCAUCAGACAUCACUUUCCAUCAAGCCCCAGGUUAAGGCUUCGGCUUCAGGUACGGAUCGAGCACGAUAUCCUGCACAUCACUCUUAUAUUUUCGGCCGGGUUGGCCUUCUUCUUUCUUUCUUUUUUCCUCCUUGUUUCUCGAGCGAGCUAGUCGGUUAGUUAGCUCUCUCUCUCCUGCUGUUCGCCGAAGCUGUCUGUCGACCGCC